GGCAACGCUGGUGCGUCGAUGCGCGCCGGCCAUUUUGACCGAGAGAUUGUCACGUGACUAAUACGAGAGCUGCGUUGUGUAUCACGGCUUUUACAGAAUCGUUGUAAAUAACUAACCUGUACAUAGUGUAAAGAUGAGUUCGAGUAAUCGAACCGCCUCUCGGGGUGGAAGCAAAGGUUCGAAAGGGCAAGACAAGACACAGGCACAGCACAAAAUGGAUAAAUCGGCUGAGUCCGGAGGUGGUGGCAAGGGAAGUUCCGGUGAUAAUCACAAACAGCAGCCAGCGAGUGUGUGGGGUGGAGGCGAUAGCACCGCCAAGGCCAAUGAGUUAAAAAUCCGUCAGAUCAUUGAACUCACCCAGAAAUCUGAGGAGCAGGUGUGCUUAGCUCUGCACGAAUGUGAUUAUGACUUGGACAGUGCUGUGAAUAUGCUUUUCGAAAUAGAAGAUCAGGAUGAAUGGGAAACCACUGUGAAGAAAAAGAAGAGCAGGCAGCAGUCCAGCAGCAAGGCUGAUCAGAAAGCGGACGGUGGGACUUCUGGUGGCACCGGCGACGACUGGAACGAAGCACAAGCACAUAGCGGAGGCGGCGCCGACAAAGAUAAGGCGCGAAACAAAGCCGGUGGUCCACAGCGUCUUCACGGUAGACACAACGACAGUCGUGGAUGGAGGGGUCGUGAGAAACAAGAAAACGAGCGUAACUUGGAGGAUGGUGGACGCGAUCGACGUGGACGUGUCGGCGGUUCUACGCGAGGAGGCGGUGGUGGGCGUGGUAGAGGCGGUGGUCGUGCUGGAGGCAGGUAUCCUCCACGCAGCAGUCGCGGCGGCGCCGGUGGUACUUUCAACAACAGUCGGCCGAUGGAAACGUGGGAUAAUUCUCACCAAUGGGACUCCAACAAUCCAUCGAAUCACACCGAGGAAAACUGGGACGAGUUUCCUGGUGCGGACGAAUGGUGUGGCACUUUGGAUGAGACGAAGGUGUUCACGCCAAGUCAACCGCCUGAAACCAUCGCUGAACCGGAACCAAAAAUAGGGACAACGCCGAUGGACAAUUCUGCCAAUUUGAUUAAUAGUCUCCAAGAGAAUAUGGAUAUUUUGGCUCAGAUACAGACUGUUCAAACUUCUCCAGUGACCCUAACUGGAGCUUUGAACGCCGCCCAAACCCAAUACUUCAGUCAAUUAACCCAGCAAAACAGUGCUACUGAUAUGUCGAAGUAUGGUGGUCAACAACAAGCACCACCGCCACAGCAACCCCAACAAGUGUCCGCUGGUGGUUAUGGUAAUCAACAGUACCAGUCCACGAACGCCUAUGGAACUGCCGCCUACGGUGGAUCUUAUGGCAAUCCUGAGCCAGUGCCUGUUGUGCAACAACAACAACCGCCAGUGAGGACUAAAACUCAAAGGGCGAGGGUACCUCCUCCUUCAAAGAUUCCAGCUAGUGCAGUCGAGAUGCCUGGAGAUUUGAAUAGUAGUAUUGGUUAUUUAGAUCUGCAAUUCGGAGCCAUGGAUAUGAUGUCUGAUAGUUCAUUCGAUGGAGUGUCGGAAUCGAAGUAUUCAAAUGCAACACCGUUGGAUGGUACUGUGUCGGCUGGCCAGAACAGUAACAUAGAUCUCAACGCGCAAAAUACUACGACAUCAUCGCCUUUGGAUGCGUACUCGCCUCAGAAACCUAGUGCACAAAACAGUAUUAGCUCGGCAUUGACACAGAACUUGUCGAGUACAGACACCAUUCCCACUCAACAAACGAAUGACUACAAUUCGACGACUGUAACCCAACAGCAGCAGCAGCAACAACAACAACAACGUGCUACCAAUGCAACCUCUGCUGCGGCUGGUGUUCCCACGGGUAGUAUGGACAUGAAACAGGAAUCAUCGUAUUCUCAACCAAGUACGUACAACUCGUAUCCUGCCGCUGCCAAAUCAACGUCCUAUCAAAAUCAGACGUACAGUUCGGCGUCUUCCAAUUACAAUAGCGGCGUGCAGACGACGAGUUCGUACGUAGCUCAGCAGCAACAAGCUGUUAACAGUUAUACGAACAGUGAUGCGUCCGCAUAUAAUUCACAAAGUGUAAAUGCUGGAGGAUCUGCGUACCAAAAUACGUAUGCAGCCACAAACUCUUAUCAAUCUGCGAACGCAAGUACUGGACCAACUGCUGGUAACAGUAGUGGAGGAGCUGCUUUCCCCUCGAUAUCUCAAGCAAACAAUUACCCUACCUCCAAUCAGGCUUACCAGCAGAAUGCUAGUCAAUCAGUGUAUGGUGCCAAUACUGGACUAAAUAGCGGUACAAAUUAUAGUGGAAGCAGCAACGCACCAUCUGCGCAAUAUAAUUCAUACAAUUCCAACCACAAAUUGGUCAAAGAUACGUCUGGCAGUUAUGAUAAUAAUACGGCUGCAACUAGUAGCGUGUCCGGUACGACGACAUCAUCAACUGCCGGGCUUGCAUUGACGCAAACGACAACCUCCGUGACCAAAGCCAACACUACUUUGGCGAAGAGUAGUGUAGUAUCCAACAUACCACCAAGUGCUGCUCCAGUGAUGAGCACGCAAUACAUCAUGGGUCAAAUGCCAUAUUUCCAACCUCCCAUGUAUUCAUACGAGGAAAUGCAGAUGAUGCAGCAGAGGAUACCUCACAUGACGACACCGUUCUAUGAGAUGAGUUACCAGACGCCGACAACGACGCUGCGGGAAGGAAACUACUCCCUUUCCGAUGGCCGAUUCACGAGGACGGACAGCAACGCCAGUCCGGUUCCAUCGACGCAGACCAGCACGCAGCCCAUGCUCGCGGGGACCACUGGACCUUACUUCUUUGCGCCCUACAACCCUAUGCAACCAAGCUAUCAAUUCGGUGCCGUCUACACUUCCCAAAUACCAACUGGUACCAAUGCUCAUGGAUCCAGUAAUAGUGCCCAGUAUCCGAAGCCAGGUACUUACGGUUCCAGUUAUACGUCCGGUUACGACACGUUGAGCCAAUCUCAAGAGUAUAAUAAGGGCGGAUACGUGGGAAAUACACAAGGUCCAGCAAAGGGAGCAGGAGCGAACGCUUCAACGACUGGAAAUGCCGCAAACGAUGCGAUGAGCGCUAUGUACGGAAAAUCCCAUACGGCACUAGGAAAAGUAAAUUCGUACGAGAAGCAGGGUUUCCAUUCAGGAACUCCUCCGCCUUUCACUGGUGCUUUGGGUCAAAGCGCGUUGGCACCGAGCGGCACAGGGUACGGACCGCAGAUGUACAUCCCAACAAUGCCACAUCAGCAACAUUCGACUCAGCUGAUACACCAACCUUUGCAUCAGAUGGAAGUGCGGCACCAAGGCCGACGCAUGGAUUCCGGCAAUAGCACCGGCCAAAGGACUCAGGCGAGUAAUCAGCAAAAAUCUGGCGCGAAACAAGGUUAUCCAAAUUCUUACUGGAACCAAUCAUAAGGGAAGCUACCGCAAAACAAACAAACAAAAAAAAACAAACAUAACAAAUGCGAGACAAAAAAAAUAUUAUAUAUUAAAAAAAAAGAGAAAACAAUAGCGGAAAGGAAGAAUGAAACUCGAAAACAAUUUUGCUAAAAACCCUGAUCACUUCGCUUUGAAUAUGAAGGACGACCGUUGAAUGCAAAGAAACCACUACUACUUAUUAAUUAUUAUUAUUAUUUCUUUUUUUUAAUUGAUGAAAACUUCAGUUA